GAAGUGCUCGUACUCUAGUACGCAGUUGCUCCGAGCUCUUCUAAUGACUUAACCCUCUGUAUUACUCCGUGGGCGCCUGGUUCUUUGGAUUUUACUUUCACGACAAUGGGAUUCGAGUUGGAUCGUUUCAAGGGUGCCGUGGACCCGGACUUCAAAUGCAACUUGUGCAAUAAAGUUUUGGAGGAUCCGCUCACUACUCCGUGCGGUCACGUCUUCUGCGCCGGCUGCGUGCUGCCCUGGGUCGUGCAGCAGAGCAGCUGCCCCGUCAAAUGCCAAAGGAUCUCCACCAAAGAGCUCAACCACGUCCUCCCUCUCAAAAACUUAAUAUUAAAGUUAGACAUCAAAUGUGACAAUCACGCGCGUGGCUGCGAGAAGAUCGUGAAACUGCAGCAUCUGGCGGAGCACGCGGAGAUGUGCGAUUAUUCCCCUGCCAAAUGUAGGAAUAAAGGAUGCAACGAGGUGCUGAAUCUUAAAGAUAUGGAUGCUCACAUGCGCGAGUCGUGCGAUUACAGGGCUGUCGGUAUAUGCGAGAAUGGAUGCGGAUUGAUGCUCACGCACAAGGAGCAAAAGUUGAACGACCACUGCUGUUUGAAAGCGUUAAAGGUGCACAACGGUGCGUUGCACGGGAAAGUGGUGAGUUUGGAUAAGGAGCUGAAAAAACAAGCUCUCAAGUCGGGUAAAAGAGAGAAAUCGCUUUUGGCUCAGCUGUCGGCGGUUCAUAACGAGCUUCAGAUGACCGCGCUAAAGUAUCAGAAGAAAUUCACUGAAUACAGCGCCAGGAUUGACUCGCUGUCCAAGAGUCUUGCUCCACCGUGUAAGGGUGGAGAGACAAAAAGUUAUACUGCAAUACUCCAUCGGGAGUCUGGAUCUUUAGGCUUCAAUAUUGUUGGAGGAAGACCAUGUGUGGAUAAUAAAGAUGGCACUUCGAAUGAAGGAAUCUUUGUGUCGAAGAUUGUGGAGAAUGGGCCGGCAGACAAGGAAGGGGGAUUGCAGAUCCAUGACAGGAUAAUGGAGGUCAAUGGCAAGGAUCUAUCCAAGUCGACACAUGACCAGGCGGUGGAGGCCUUCCGUACAGCUAAAGAACCCAUCAUGGUACAGGUGCUACGUAGGGCACCCAGGCCCAAACCUGCAUGCCCAAAUGGGGAAGUGGUGGACAUCAGCACCCAGACAGAUAUCACCUUCCAACAUAUCAUGGCCCUCAGCAAGAUUCCCACCUCCUCCACCCCUGUGAAUGUCCUCGAGCAAUACCUGAUUCCUGAGGGGCACUCUGCUGGUCAUGAGUACUUCGACCCCAAUGAUUUCCUAGAGGGCAUGCAGCAUGAGAUAGAGAGAGAAGAACUGGAAUAUGAGGAAGUGGAUUUAUACAGAACUAAUGUCCAGGAUAAGUUGGGGUUAACCGUUUGCUACAGGACCGAUGAUGAGGAUGAAACGGGAAUCUAUGUCAGCGAGAUUGAUCCAAACAGCAUUGCUGCGAAAGAUGGACGAAUCCAAAAGGGCGAUCGAAUCAUCCAGAUAAAUGGCAUUGAGAUCCAGAAUCGCGAGGAGGCUGUAGCUCUUUUAACCAGUGAAGAACAUCCAAAUGUCUGUCUGCUGUUGGCUCGGCCGGAGAUACAGCUGGAUGAGGGAUGGAUGGAUGAUGACAGGAAUGAUUAUCUGGAUGACCUGCACAUGGAUAUGUUGGAGCAACAGCACCAUCAGGCUAUGCAGUUUACUGCAAGCAUGCUUCAGAAGAAGAAGCUUGAAGAGGAUGGAGGUACAACGGACACCGCCACACUUCUGUCCCACCAGCAUGAGAAAGACAGCGGACUUGGCCGCACAGAUGACAGCACCCGUAAUGAUGAAAGCUCUGAGCAGGAGAACCUAGCAGAUGACCAGACCAGCGCAUCCACCACAUUAGGCAGUCGACGUAGACUCAACUACAGUCAAGACACGCUGGGCAGCGGCGACUUGCCUUUCAGCAGCGAGUCCUUCAUCUCGGCCGACUACGCGGAUGCUGAUUUUCUGGGUGACUUUCAUGCAGAUGAAUGCGAGCGAUUUCGUGAGUUGCUGGAGCUUAAGUGCCAGGUGCAGAGCGCGGCCAGCGGCGGAAGCCCACAGCAGAGCCUUUUGUGGACUGGUGGGAGUGUGGCCGGUGGGCAGGGUGGCGAGGAAGGCGUAGACAAAGAGCUGGAGCUUUUAAACGAGGAGCUUCGUAGCAUCGAGCUAGAGUGCCUGAGCAUAGUCAGAGCGCAUCGUAUGCAACAGCUGCGCGAGCAGUGCCGCGAACAGUCCUGGAUGCUGCACAACAGCGGCUUCCGCAACUACAACACCAGUGUGGAUGCGAGACGCCACGAGCUGGCCGACAUCAGCGAACUCCCGGAGAAGUCAGACAAGGACAGCUCCAGCGCCUACAACACCGGCGAAAGUUGCCGCAGCACUCCGCUGACUCUAGAGCUCUCGCCCGACAACUCCCUGCGGCGUGGAAAUGAAAAUCAGGAAGCUGGAGCAAGUAGCGUUACUUCCAACAGAAUUUCGAAGCCUCUACUGUCACCGGUCCAAGAGGCGCACAGCCCCAGCAGGAGUAGUCGGCAAACUCCUUCGAAAGAGUUGGAUGUUUCCACCCAGCCUGAAACCAGGGAACGCAAACGCAAUUCACCCUACAAGCACGCCCACAUCCCAGCGCACGCCCAGCACUACCAGAGCUACAUGCAGCUGAUCCAGCAAAAGUCAGUCGAGUACGCACAAAGUCAGAUGAGUUUAGUCAGCAUGUGCCGGGAUCCUGUCGCUUCUGCCGACUUGGAACCCAAGAUGGAAUGGAAAGUGAAGAUCCGCAGCGACGGGACUCGCUACAUAACCAAGCGCCCCGUCCGGGACAAGCUCCUGAAAGAACGUGCACUGCGUAUCAGGGAGGAACGCAGCGGAAUGACAACGGACGACGAUGCCGCCAGCGAGCUGAAGAUGGGUCGCUACUGGAGCAAGGAGGAACGCAAGCAGCAUGCCGUCCGUGCCAAAGAGCAGCGCCAGCGGAGGGAAUUUAUGAAGCAGAGCCGAAUGGACUGUCUUAAGGAGCAAGGAGGAAUAACAGAAGAUAAGAAGGAAGUCAACAUCAUUGAUUUGAGUCACAAAAAGAUGAUGAAGAAGCGCAACAAAAAAAUCUUCGACAACUGGAUGACCAUCCAGGAACUGUUGACCCAUGGUACAAAGUCCCCCGAAGGGACACAGGUGUACAACUCCCUACUCUCAGUGACCACAGUGUAGGCAUGUCGGUUACGUAACGUGCUGUAUAUAAGACACUACCGAUUGGGGUAGACGAUUCUGCCUCGUUAAAUGCGGCAACAUUUGUAAAUAGAAAAUACGAAUGCUUUGGAAGGAACUUUGUUGUUUGCCAAGAGAAGGAAGGUACAGCUGACGUCUCAAAGAAUGAAUGAUGCCGGAUUUGUAAAAGUGGCUAGAGCGACUCGCCUUUUUGCUCUUUUCAAGCUUUUUUGUAUACA